AUGGUCUUCCCCUUUGAGGUCAUCGAACACACAAUCCCUGCCCAGCACAUCCGGGAGUGGCCGCGGGCAACAGCUGUCUCUCAGGAACGUACACUGCAGCUCUGCAUCAAGCAGUACAAGCCCAUCGACAACCCCGAGCCACAGCCAGGCGACGUGACGGAGGUCUACGAGGCGUUGUGGACAGAGCUCCACGCCCGGGCCCAGAAGCACGGCUUCCGCAUCCGAGCCAUCUGGAUUGCCGACGCGGCGCACCAGGGCCACAGCGGCGUGCUCAACGAGGGAUCCAUCGGCAACGAUCCGAGCUGGUAUGACCAUGCGCGCGACCUUCUGUACAUGACCAACGCCUUCCGUGACGACAUGCCCCAGCCCAUCGUCGGCAUCGGCCACUCCUUCGGCGGCAGUGUCCUGACACACCUGUCGCUGAUGCACGCCCGCCUCUUCACGGCCCUUGUCCUGUUCGACCCCAUCAUCAUGAUGAUGUCGCUCAAUCAGACCGGCGCUAUCUUGGGGGCGCGCAUGUCCGCCGUCCGCCGUGAGACCUGGCCGACGCGGGAGGCGGCCGCUGAGUCCUUCCGGAGGUCGCCCUUCCACAAGUCAUGGGACACAAGAGUCCUCGACGCCUACAUAGCCCACGGAAUCCGAGACCUGCCGGCCUCCACCGCCUCCGGGGAAGCCGGCAAGGCGGCCCUGACGACCCCGCGGGACCAGGAGGUCUUCACCUUCUUCCGGCCACUCUACCCGUACGUCGGGGACGACGGGGCGGUCGACCGGGACGGCGCCCCCGACUUUGACCCGACAAUGAAUGACAAGCCGCACAAGGGCCAACCGUUCCCCUUCUACCGCAGCGAGGGCUCCUCAGUCCUGGCCCGGCUGCCCCACGUGCGGCCUUCCGUGCUCUGGGUCUACGGCGAGAAGAGCGACGUCAACCUGCCGCCCUCGGCGCGGUCGGAAAACGUCAAGGCGUGCGGGACUGGCCCCGAUGGAAGCGGUGGCGUCCAGGCCGGCAAGGUGGCCGAGGUCGUCAUCGAGGGCCGCGGGCACUUGUUCCCGUUGGAGGUCCCUGAUCUCUGUGCCGAGCAUGCCGCCGCGUGGGUCGGGAAGGAGAUACAACGCUACCGGAAGGCCCAGCUCGAAUAUGAGGACUGGACGCACCUACCGUUGCGCGACAAGGUGACUAUAAGCCCGGAGUUUGCAAAGGCCUUGGGUCGACCAUCGUUAAAAAAGCCGAGGAACAAAAGUAGUACGCGGUCAAAGUUGUGA